CGCGCCCCCGGUGCUGAACCAAGAUGGCCGGUGGCGGCCGGGCCCCGGCGUGAGCCGAGCGCGGGCUGCAGCCGGGAGAUGCCCCAGCCCAGCGGCCGCUGAGCCCGACCCGACAGACCCGGCCCGGCCGCCUCCGGCCCGCCUGCGAGCCCGGAGACAUGUCUCUGCUUUGCGUUGGAGUCAAAAAAGCCAAGUUUGACGGUGCCCAAGAGAAAUUCAACACGUACGUGACCCUGAAGGUGCAGAAUGUCAAGAGCACGACCAUCGCAGUGCGGGGCAGCCAGCCCAGCUGGGAGCAGGACUUCAUGUUCGAGAUUAACCGUCUGGAUUUGGGACUGACGGUGGAGGUGUGGAACAAGGGUCUCAUCUGGGACACAAUGGUGGGCACAGUGUGGAUCCCACUGCGGACCAUCCGCCAGUCCAAUGAGGAGGGCCCCGGAGAGUGGCUGACGCUGGACUCUCAGGUCAUCAUGGCAGACAGCGAGAUCUGCGGCACCAAGGACCCCACUUUCCACCGCAUCCUCCUGGACACGCGCUUUGAGCUGCCUUUAGACAUUCCGGAAGAAGAGGCCCGCUACUGGGCCAAGAAGCUGGAGCAGCUCAAUGCCAUGCGGGACCAGGAUGAAUAUUCGUUCCAAGAUGAGCAAGAAAAGCCUUUGCCUGUCCCCAGCAACCAGUGUUGCAACUGGAAUUAUUUUGGCUGGGGUGAGCAGCACAACGAUGACCCCGACAGCGCAGUGGAUGACCGUGACAGUGACUACCGCAGCGAAACGAGCAACAGCAUCCCGCCACCCUAUUAUACUACGUCGCAACCCAACGCCUCAGUCCACCAGUAUUCUGUCCGGCCACCACCCCUGGGUUCCCGGGAAUCCUACAGUGACUCCAUGCACAGUUACGAGGAGUUCUCUGAGCCGCAGGCCCUCAGCCCCACGGGCAGCAGCCGCUACGCCUCCUCCGGGGAGCUGAGCCAGGGAAGCUCACAGCUGAGUGAGGACUUUGACCCUGACGAGCACAGCCUGCAGGGCUCUGAGAUGGAGGAUGAGCGGGACCGGGACUCUUACCACUCCUGCCACAGCUCAGUCAGCUACCACAAAGACUCACCUCGCUGGGACCAGGAUGAGGAGGAGCUGGAUGAGGACCUGGAGGACUUCCUGGAGGAGGAGGGGCUUCCUGAAGAUGAGGAGGAGCUGGAGGAGGAGGAGGAGGUGCCUGAUGAUUUGGGCAGCUAUGCCCAGCGUGAAGAGGUGGCUGUGGCUGAGCCCAAAGACUUCAAGCGCAUCAGCCUCCCACCGGCUGCCCCGGGGAAGGAGGACAAGGCCCCAGUGGCACCCACCGAGGCCCCCGACAUGGCUAAGGUAGCCCCCAAGCCAGCCACACCCGACGAGGUGCCUGCGGCCGAGGAAAUUCCUGAACCUGAGCCCCCCAAGGCCGAGGAGAGUUUCAGGCCGAGAGAGGAUGAGGAAGGCCAGGAGGGGCAGGACUCCAUGUCCAGGGCCAAAGCCAACUGGCUGCGUGCCUUCAACAAGGUGCGGAUGCAGCUGCAGGAGGCCCGGGGAGAAGGAGAGAUGUCCAAAUCUCUGUGGUUCAAAGGCGGCCCAGGGGGCGGUCUCAUCAUCAUCGACAGCAUGCCAGACAUCCGCAAGAGGAAACCCAUCCCGCUCGUGAGUGACCUGGCCAUGUCCCUGGUCCAGUCCAGGAAAGCGGGCAUCACCUCGGCCUUGGCCUCCAGCACGUUGAACAACGAGGAGCUGAAAAACCACGUUUACAAGAAGACCCUGCAAGCCUUAAUCUAUCCCAUCUCAUGCACGACGCCGCACAACUUCGAGGUGUGGACGGCCACCACGCCCACCUACUGCUACGAGUGCGAGGGGCUGCUGUGGGGCAUCGCCAGGCAGGGCAUGCGCUGCACCGAGUGCGGCGUCAAGUGCCACGAGAAGUGCCAGGACCUGCUCAACGCCGACUGCCUGCAGCGAGCCGCGGAGAAGAGCUCCAAGCACGGGGCGGAGGACCGGACGCAAAACAUCAUCAUGGUGCUCAAGGACCGCAUGAAGAUCCGGGAGCGCAACAAACCUGAGAUCUUCGAGCUCAUCCAGGAGAUCUUCGCAGUGACCAAGACGGCGCACACACAGCAGAUGAAGGCGGUCAAGCAGAGCGUGCUGGACGGCACAUCCAAGUGGUCCGCCAAGAUCAGCAUCACUGUGGUCUGCGCCCAGGGCUUGCAGGCAAAGGACAAGACGGGAUCCAGUGACCCCUAUGUCACCGUCCAAGUCGGGAAGACCAAGAAACGGACAAAAACCAUCUAUGGGAACCUCAACCCGGUGUGGGAGGAGAAUUUCCACUUUGAAUGUCACAAUUCCUCCGACCGCAUCAAGGUGCGCGUCUGGGACGAGGAUGAUGACAUCAAAUCCCGUGUGAAACAGAGGUUCAAGAGGGAAUCUGACGAUUUCCUGGGGCAGACGAUCAUUGAGGUGCGGACGCUCAGCGGCGAGAUGGACGUGUGGUACAACCUGGACAAGCGAACUGACAAAUCUGCCGUGUCUGGCGCCAUCCGGCUCCACAUCAGUGUGGAGAUCAAAGGCGAGGAGAAGGUGGCCCCGUAUCACGUCCAGUACACCUGUCUGCACGAGAACCUCUUCCACUUCGUGACGGAUGUGCAGAACAACGGGGUUGUGAAGAUCCCGGAUGCCAAAGGCGACGACGCCUGGAAGGUUUACUACGAUGAGACAGCCCAGGAGAUUGUGGACGAGUUUGCCAUGCGCUACGGCGUCGAGUCCAUCUACCAAGCCAUGACCCACUUUGCCUGCCUCUCCUCCAAGUAUAUGUGCCCGGGGGUGCCCGCCGUCAUGAGCACCCUGCUCGCCAACAUCAAUGCCUACUACGCGCACACCACCGCCUCCACCAACGUGUCUGCCUCCGACCGCUUCGCCGCCUCCAACUUCGGGAAAGAGCGCUUCGUGAAACUCUUGGACCAGCUGCACAACUCUCUGCGGAUUGACCUCUCCAUGUACCGGAAUAACUUCCCAGCCAGCAGCCCGGAGAGACUCCAGGACCUCAAAUCCACUGUGGACCUUCUCACCAGCAUCACCUUCUUUCGGAUGAAGGUACAAGAACUCCAGAGCCCACCCCGAGCCAGCCAGGUGGUGAAGGACUGCGUGAAAGCCUGCCUUAAUUCUACCUAUGAGUACAUCUUCAACAACUGUCAUGAGCUCUACAGCCGGGAGUACCAGACAGACCCGGCGAAGAAGGGGGAAGUUCCCCCAGAGGAACAGGGUCCCAGCAUCAAGAAUCUCGACUUCUGGUCCAAGCUGAUUACCCUCAUAGUGUCCAUCAUUGAGGAAGACAAGAAUUCGUACACUCCCUGCCUCAACCAGUUUCCCCAGGAGCUGAAUGUGGGUAAAAUCAGCGCUGAAGUGAUGUGGAAUCUGUUUGCCCAAGACAUGAAGUAUGCCAUGGAAGAGCAUGACAAACAUCGUCUAUGCAAGAGUGCCGACUACAUGAACCUCCACUUCAAGGUGAAAUGGCUCUACAAUGAGUAUGUGACGGAACUUCCUGCCUUCAAGGACCGUGUGCCUGAGUACCCUGCAUGGUUUGAACCCUUCGUCAUCCAGUGGCUGGACGAGAAUGAGGAGGUGUCCCGGGAUUUCCUGCAUGGCGCCCUGGAGCGAGACAAGAAGGACGGGUUCCAGCAGACCUCGGAGCAUGCUCUAUUCUCCUGUUCCGUGGUGGACGUCUUCUCCCAACUCAAUCAGAGCUUUGAAAUCAUCAAGAAACUCGAGUGCCCUGACCCCCAGAUUGUGGGGCACUACAUGAGACGCUUUGCCAAGACCAUCAGUAAUGUGCUCCUCCAGUACGCGGACAUCAUCUCCAAAGACUUUGCCUCUUACUGCUCCAAGGAGAAGGAGAAAGUGCCCUGCAUCCUCAUGAACAACACGCAACAGCUAAGAGUUCAGCUGGAGAAGAUGUUCGAAGCCAUGGGAGGGAAGGAGUUGGAUGCUGAAGCCAGUGACAUCUUGAAGGAGCUUCAGGUGAAGCUCAAUAAUGUCUUGGACGAGCUCAGCCGGGUGUUUGCUACCAGCUUCCAGCCGCACAUUGAGGAGUGUGUCAAACAGAUGGGUGACAUCCUUAGCCAGGUUAAGGGCACAGGCAAUGUGCCAGCCAGUGCCUGCAGUAGCGUGGCCCAGGACGCUGACAAUGUGUUACAGCCCAUCAUGGACCUGUUGGACAGCAACCUGACCCUCUUUGCCAAAAUCUGCGAGAAGACGGUGCUGAAGCGAGUGCUGAAGGAGCUGUGGAAGCUGGUUAUGAACACCAUGGAGAAAACCAUCGUCCUGCCGCCCCUCACCGACCAGACGAUGAUCGGGAACCUCUUGAGAAAACAUGGCAAGGGAUUAGAAAAGGGCAGGGUGAAAUUGACAAGCCACUCAGACGGAACCCAGAUGAUCUUCAAUGCAGCCAAGGAACUGGGCCAGCUGUCCAAACUCAAGGACCACAUGGUACGAGAAGAAGCCAAGAGCUUGACCCCGAAGCAGUGUGCCGUUGUUGAGUUGGCCCUGGACACCAUCAAGCAAUAUUUCCACGCGGGUGGCGUGGGCCUUAAGAAGACCUUCCUGGAGAAGAGCCCGGACCUGCAAUCCUUGCGCUAUGCCCUGUCACUGUACACGCAGGCCACCGACCUGCUCAUCAAGACCUUCGUGCAGACGCAAUCGGCCCAGGUCCAUGGUGGAAAAGGUACUAGGUUUACCCUUAGUGAAGACAUUUAUCCUGAGAAGGGCACGGGUGUAGAAGACGCUGUGGGUGAAGUCUCCGUCCACGUUGAGCUGUUCACUCAUCCGGGAACUGGAGAACACAAGGUCACAGUGAAAGUGGUGGCUGCCAAUGACCUCAAGUGGCAGACUUCUGGCAUCUUCCGGCCGUUCAUCGAGGUCAACAUCAUUGGGCCCCAGCUCAGCGACAAGAAACGAAAGUUUGCCACCAAAUCCAAGAACAAUAGCUGGGCUCCCAAGUACAAUGAGAGCUUCCAGUUCACGCUGAGCGCCGACGCGAGCCCCGAGUGCUACGAGCUGCAGGUGUGCGUCAAGGACUACUGCUUCGCGCGCGAGGACCGCACGGUGGGGCUGGCCGUGCUGCAGCUGCGGGAGCUGGCCCAGCGCGGGACCGCCGCCUGCUGGCUGCCGCUCGGCCGCCGCAUCCACAUGGACGACACGGGCCUCACGGUGCUGCGCAUCCUCUCGCAGCGCAGCAACGACGAGGUGGCCAAGGAGUUCGUGAAGCUCAAGUCCGACACGCGCUCCGCCGAGGAGGGCGGUGCCGCGCCUGCGCCUUAGCGCCGGGCGCGCAGCCGAGCGGCACUGCGCCUGCGCGGAGGGCGGGGAGGGGCGGGCUUUGUGCCUCAGCAGGACCGCCCUCGGGGCGGGGCUCGGGGGCUCCGCCCCGAGGGAGGGCUGCGCCUGCGUCCCUGUUACAGCUCUCCCUUUGCGGGAAUUAGGAAUGAAGGAUGCCCGGCCCUCUCGGGAAGCCACGCCCAAGGGUGCGACGAAGGAAGAAGCCACAUCUCCAACUUGAGGCCACGCCCCCAGCAUUUAGGGGGCAUUUUGAGCUGGGAUGGGGGAAGCCUCGUCCCUACGGAGGAGGCCACAUCCCGGGGCUCUGGUACCGGGAGGCACCGUCUCCUGUCCCCUGGAAAAGCCAUAAGACGGGUCCCAGAACCCUGGGACUCCAGACCAAUUGCCAAGUAUGAAAAUCUCAGCUCACUCAAGGGGGAGCCCUGGGCAAGGGUUAGGGCUCCCCGGAGCGCCCCUGGAGGUGGCCUGGGGGCUGGAGGGACCAGGAUGGUGGUUGGAGGGACCGGGAAUACCGUAGUCCCUUUUAGUUGUUUGUGCAAAAAACAAAUGGGGGGAGGGGGGAGGAUGGGAUUUUAAAAGCACAUGCGCCCUUGGGCGCCCAAACCCUGGGGGCCGAGGGACGGCUCUGGGGCACCCACGUUGCCCCUACUUCCCUCUGGGAGUCAGCCUCUUCUUCUUCCCCAACAAACCCAGUCCUCAUAUCAUAGAGUUCAACACACCCGUUUGACAGAUGGCGAAACUGAGGCUCAAAGAGCUGCUUGAGACUCGGCUGAGGUUCCCAGUGCCAUACCCUCUAUCCCCUCCCUUAGGCCUGUGUGCCCCAUGGAAGGGUGGGCUGAGGUCGGGAUGACCUGACACAGCUCCCUAUUGCUGCUAAUUCCCCCUUGGGGGCCUCCUCCAAGGGGUGGGAGUUCCAGGCCAAGACCUCUCCUUCACGUUUCCUUCUCUGGCUGCCAAGCAAAACCCCUGCCCUCAACCCUUUCUCCUGGGACUCCAUAGGGGAUGCCAUGAGGGCUCUUGACCUCCCACCACAAAAGAGAGAAUUUGCGAGCUCUGGUCCCAGGUUUCUCCACCCCUUCUUCCUUUCCCGGAAUUCUCUAGACAGGAAAGAACAGGAGACCAGAAACUCUAGGGGUGUGUGUGCCUGAGAGAGAGAGACAGAGAGAGAGAGAAAACACAAACACACUCAGAGCUGAGUCUCUAAGAUCCUAUUCAUUCAUUCAAACACCCAAGCCACAGGAUAUAUACUCUGGUGGCCCUCUUACCUGCUGGAAGCUCCUUCUCCAAUGAGCAAAGUCGUGGUGACUUGGCUGGAGUUACUGCGUGCUUACAGGACCUUUAGAGAAAGUUCAGCAUGAACUAAGUUUGCUCUGCUUUUCUACCUGUGUGGAUGGCAUUCCUUUUUCUGCUGGAUUGGGAAGCGCAAGACUUUGCUGUGCUAGGGAGAAAUGAAAGUGGGGUGAGAUGAGUAGCUGGGUUCCUAGAGGAUGGAAGAUCAGAUGGGGAGGCUUUCCGAGGUGAAGAAUGAGAGGGAACCACUUACUUGAGAGAAAAAAGCUCCAGGCAGGGAAACGGCACAUGCAAAGGCCAGGAGAUGAGAACUGCUGAAACAAGAAGGGUGGCAUGGCUGGAGCUGAGCCAGCAAGGAGGAUCCUGGGGAGCCUGGGGGCCGAGGAGAUCUGCAGAGGCAUCAGAGCAGGCAGGGUCUCGUCCGCUGUCCUGAGGAGUGUCACUUUUAUUCUAAGACAGCUGGGGAGAGAUUGUAUUCCAGCAUGCAAAAGCUGUUCUGUGAAGACUAAAACCAGUGAAGAGGGGUGGAGAUGCUGAAAUUGAUUCUUGGAAAGAUUCCGAAGGCUGUAUUUAAAGAAAAGACACCUGUAAUCCCAGCUCUUUGGG